UGAAACCCUCGUGCAUCCCAUGGCAGAAAGAAGCCUCACUACCAAUCUGGAAUUGGCCACUGCUCCAACUGACGAUGUGAGCGUGGAAGACGAUUGGGGACUUCCGUUGGAUUUGAAUCUCUUUGCUCACCAGGAACGCCACAGGAUAGUGAUCCACGAAGCGCAGGCUUCUCCGGUGUCGAUUUUCAUUGAAUGUGUAGAAGCGCUCACGCCAGUCGACAUGAUGAGCUUGUCGUCCGGGACCAACGACGCCACCGGCUUUCGCGUCUGGACGGGUGCCGUUUUGCUCAUCGCCAGUUUAGACACGCUCGUUGAAGACUUCAAAGGAAAGCGGGUACUUGAAUUGGGUUGUGGGACGGGAAUCGGAGGGAUUGCCUUGAUGCUCUCUCAGCACGCCACGCCAGCCUUUCUUUGUUUCUCGGACGCUGAUCAAAAUGCACUUAAGCUUUGCCGUCGCAAUUGUGAGCUGAAUGGGCUAGAAGAAGUGGACGAAAGAUUGCUCCAGAACCUUUGUUCAUUCACGAAGAAGUCAUUCUCAAUUAUGCAAUUGACUUGGGGAACGACCAUACCAAGUACAAUCCCCGCUCGCUCUAUGGAUACAGUUGUGGCCACAGACAUUUUGUAUGAUAUUGAAAUGCUGUCGAGCAUUCUACAAACCACAAUGGCUUGUCUCAAGCCAGGCGGUUCUUUUGUUCUCUCGCAUAUUCCUCGUGCAUCUUGCCCUGAGCAUCAUCAACCUGACGAAAACUUGGAAAGUUUCAUUGUUCAGCAGGCGGAGCUUCAUGGACUUGUCUUGCGACGCCAUAUCCGACCGAGAGAUGUUAGCAGCUUUGAGGAUAGCCAGGUCUUUUCGGACACCCUCGAUACCACGUCGUUAAGAGACAUGGAAGCCAUUGGGGCUGCCAUCUUGGUUUUUCAUUUGGUCGUAGUCCAAAAAAACCAUGUUUAG